GCAGUUCGGGAUGGGGGUCUCGGGGUGCCUUGCCUGUCGGUGUUGGUGCCGUUUGCCAAGCGCCAUCGUCUGGACUCAGUGCCCUCUUCCAGGGAUCCAGUAUUACUGACGGCUGCCAUGGUGCCUUCGGCUCUGCCGGGUCUGCGGAUGGCUGCUCAACCAGUACUGACUAGAAAGGCAGAGCUAUUUCCUAUUCUGAUCGACAGCCUGGCUUUGAGCCUAAUAGAGUCACAGUUGACUGCAUCGCUUAUGCGGAUGACCUCGUCUUAUUUGCCGAAUCGUCUCAACGACUCCAGCAGAGACUGGAUGGUCUGGCUAAUGGCCUCUCCCACGCCGGUAUGGUCCUCAACUCCACCAAGUAAAGAGAAAAGUGCCUGCCUCCGCCUAUGUGAAGUGUCUAUCGGGGGGAGUGUCUUGCGCUCAAUGGAUACCUUUAAGUAUUUGGGGGUGCCCUUUUCCUAUCAGGGGAAGGUGACAGUAAGCUACUACUCUGUUCUCUACAACAUGUUGCUGUGGGUCACAAAAACACCCUUGAAACCGCAGCAGCGCCUUCCUCUCCUGAAGCGACACUGCGUG